GCUUUUUCUUGGGAAAGGGUUUGGGCGGCCAUUUCAACCCAAACAAACCGUUUCAGGUUGCUGUUUCACAUUACUAGUUCAGCCGCAUCCCUUAAUCCUCUGGCCUCGGCACAGGGUUUACCCUAAAACAGCUGUGCUGUAGAGGAUAGGAUCCAUAAAGUGUUAGUCAUGCCCCCAAAGAAAGGUCCUAGUGCCCACGCUCUUCCAGAGGAGAUGCCAGCAGGAAUAAUUUUACAGGACCUGCUAAAGACUCAAUGGAAACUGGGAAGUGUCAUUGGCAAGGGUGGCUUUGGUCUCAUAUAUUUGGCAUCAAAACUAGAUGCCCAGCAUGCAGAUCCUAAAUUAGCUGAACAUGUCAUCAAAAUUGAAGCAAAAAGCAAUGGACCUUUAUUUUGUGAAAUGCAAUUUUACCAAAGGGUUGCUAAGCAAGCCUCAAUACAGUCUUUCAUUACUGCUAACCGACUCAGAUACCUUGGUGUCCCUCCAUUUAUAGCAACUGGAAACCUUGAACACAAAUCUAAAGAAUAUCGUUUCCUGGUAAUGCCUAGAUUUGGCACAGAUUUACAGAAAUUACUUCUUGAAAACGGAGAUAAAUUUUCUCCAAUGGUCACUUUUGCAGUUGGUCUGAGAAUGAUUGAUGCUCUUCACUUCAUCCAUGACAAUGAAUAUGUGCAUGCAGAUAUCAAGGCAGCUAACAUUCUUCAGGGUUAUGUAAAAGGAAAAGUCAUACCUAAUGAGGUAUAUCUUGUUGAUUAUGGCCUAGCUAGUAGAUAUACAGUAGAUGGAGUUCACAGAGAAUACAAAGAAGAUCCUAAGAGGGCUCAUGACGGCACUAUUGAGUUUACUAGCAGGGAUGCUCAUAGAGGCGCUUUUCCUUCUCGACGUGGUGACAUGGAAAUACUGGGAUUUUGUAUGCUGCGUUGGUUAAGUGGGAAGUUACCAUGGGAAGACAACUUGAAAAAUGCAGCAUAUGUUGCUAGUAGUAAAGAAAAAUACAUGGCUGACAUCCCCAAUCUUGUAAAGACAUGUCUAUCAGGUUCAAGUGCUGCAGAUUGCAUUCAGAAGUAUUUAGAAGCUGUUCAAAAGAUGAAGUAUGAGUCUACACCAAGUUAUGACAGUUUAAGAAAGAUCCUCCUUAAUGGAUUAGAGAAAGCAGGGCAGAAAAAUCAAUGGGAAAUUAAUUUGCAAACAUCUAAGGGAACAAAAAGAAAAAGCACAGACUUUGACAUGAGUCCUAAAGCAAAAAAAUCAAAAACUCCACCAGCAGUUGUUAAAAAGUCUAGAAGAAAAGUUAUUCCUGAUGAGCCUGUUGAAGUUGUAUCACCCAAAAAAAAUAAAAAGACAGUAGAAGUUCCAAAGAAAUCACCAAAACUGACUAAAGCCAAAGUUUCACCUAAAAAGUCACCUAUAUCAAAGAGCAGGACUUCAGCAACACAAAAAAAGAAGCACUUUCCAAUGCCUCCUCCUACAAAAAAAUCUCCAGUUAAGACACCAGUUAAGUCCAGAACCCCUAUAAAAAGGAAGAGGGUAAAAAAGGAACAAACAAAUGCAUCAGUACAGACAACUCCUGGUUUGAAAUCAAACAGCUGACUUGGCAUUGACAAGCAUGAUCAUAGUGCAAAUGUACAUCUUUAUAUGUUUUCAGAAUUAAAUAAUUUGAUGAUUUAA